AGUAACGGCCGCCGGGCCACGGCCGCGCACGCGCACGCGCACUGCCGCCCCGGCGAGCAAAGCUGAGGCGGAGCUGCCACCGGCCGGGGAUUUCAUCAUGCGGAGGGCCGCGCCUGCCCGUCUGCCCGCCUCGCCCGCGCUGCUCCAUGCCGUGGCGCUUUAGCGUCGCCUUCGGCCGCCUCCUCAGCAGAAGCCGCAGCGACAGCGCCCGCCUCCUGGCCGCCCUCCUGCUCCUCCGCGCCUCUUUCCACGCGGCCCGCCCCUCCUCCUCGUCCUCCAGCGUCCGCCUUCGCCGCCCGAACCCACCGGAUCCCGGCGCCAGCAUGGACGGACCCGCAGCCGAAGCGCUCCUGGCGCCGCUCAGGCAGGCGGUGCGGCAGCAGGGAGAGCUUGUUCGAAAGUUGAAGGAUGACAAGGCUCCUCAGAUGGAUGUGGACAAAGCUGUGGCUGAACUCAAAGCUCGGAAGAGAAUCCUAGAAGCCAAGGAGUUGGCUCUGCAGCCUAAGGAUGACAUUGUGGACAGGCUUAAAUUGGAAGAUACCUUGAAACGAAGAUUUUUCUACGACCAAGCCUUUUCUAUUUAUGGAGGAGUAAGUGGCCUGUAUGACUUUGGUCCUGUGGGUUGUGCUUUGAAGAACAACAUAAUACAAGCCUGGAGGCAGCACUUCAUACAGGAAGAGCAGAUUUUUGAGAUAGAUUGCACCAUGCUCACACCUGAAGCUGUUCUGAAGACCUCUGGACACGUGGACAAAUUUGCAGACUUCAUGGUGAAAGAUGUAAAAAGUGGAGAAUGCUUCCGAGCUGAUCACCUCCUGAAGGCCCAUUUACAGAAGCUGAUGUCAGACAAGAAAUGUUCUGCGGAGAAAAAGAUGGAAAUGGAGAACGUGAUCACACAGCUGGACAACUACAAUCAGGAACAACUUGCAGAUCUGUUUGUUAAUUACAACGUGAAAUCCCCCCUAACAGGAAAUGACCUCACCGCUCCAGUGUCUUUUAAUCUCAUGUUCAAGACCUCUAUUGGUCCCGGAGGAAACAUGGCUGGAUACUUGAGGCCAGAAACCGCACAGGGAAUCUUUCUGAACUUCAAACGCCUUUUGGAAUUCAACCAAGGGAAACUGCCUUUUGCUGCUGCUCAGAUAGGCAAUUCUUUCCGGAAUGAAAUCUCUCCUCGCUCAGGUCUCAUCAGAGUCAGGGAAUUCACAAUGGCAGAAAUUGAACAUUUUGUGGACCCCAGUGAAAAAUGUCAUCCUAAGUUUCAAAAUGUAGCAGACCUCCACAUCCUCUUGUAUUCUGCCAAAGCCCAGACCAGUGGGCAGCCAGCCCGUGUCAUGUGUUUGGGGGAUGCCGUUGAGCAGGGUGUGAUCAACAAUUCUGUCCUGGGCUACUUCAUUGGCCGGAUCUAUCUCUACCUCAUCAAAGUUGGCAUCUCUCAGGAGAAGCUUCGUUUCCGGCAGCACAUGGAGAACGAGAUGGCUCAUUACGCCUGUGACUGCUGGGAUGCGGAGACCAAAACCUCCUACGGCUGGAUUGAAAUUGUUGGCUGUGCUGAUCGCUCCUGCUACGACCUCUCCUGCCACGCCAGAGCCACCAAAGUCCCUCUCGUUGCUGAGAAGCUUUUGAAGGAGCCAAGAAUCGCCAAUAUUGUUCAGUUUGAACCAAAUAAGGGAGCCAUAGGGAAAGCAUACAAGAAGGAUGCCAAGCUGGUUCUGGAGUAUCUUGCCAUCUGUGACGAGUGUUAUAUCAGCGAAAUGGAGACACAGCUGAACGAAAAAGGGGAAUUUACGGUUGAGACAGAAGGGAAAACCUUUCGGGUAACGAAGGACAUGGUCAGCGUGAAGAGAUUCCAGAAAACCUUGCAUGUGGAAGAGAUUGUCCCCAACGUGAUUGAACCUUCCUUUGGGCUUGGAAGAAUCAUGUAUACGAUAUUUGAGCAUACAUUCCGCAUCAGGGAGGGAGAUGAACAGCGAACGUACUUCAGCUUUCCUGCUAUGGUGGCUCCUUUCAAAUGCUCCGUUCUUCCUUUGAGUCAGAACCAGGAAUUUGUUCCAUUUGUGAAGGAACUCUCUGAAGCUCUGACCAGGAAUGGAGUCUCCCACAAAGUGGACGAUUCUUCUGGAUCCAUCGGUCGGCGGUAUGCGAGGACAGAUGAAAUCGGGGUGGCAUUCGGGAUUACAGUUGACUUCGACACGGUCAACAAGACCCCACACACAGCCACCUUAAGAGAUCGCGACUCCAUGCAGCAGAUACGGGCCGAGAUCUCAGAGCUGCCAGUCCUGGUGAGCGACCUGGCCAACGGCAACAUAACUUGGGCUGACGUAGAGGCCAAGUACCCUCCCUUCGAGGGUCAAGAGACAGGCAAAAAGGACGCGAUGGAAGUCUGAAGCUAAUGCCCGAAAGGAAACCUCAUCAUGAAGUCAAUUUUUAAUUGUCCGUGUUAAUAGAGGUUUUAUGAUGUAUAUUAUUUGACCUGGCUUUCUCCGCAUACCCAGGGCCCCCCUGGUUAUCCAAUCCAUAGUCUCUGCCUGAAUUUAACUCCCAUCUCCAAUAACCCCCAUUAAAAUGACUUAAAACAUACCAGGUUCUCUUAACAUCAAGUUUGGCCUAGUGCAGAGAUCUCCAAACUUCGCAAUGUGUGGACUUCAGGUCCCAGAAUUCCUCAGUCAGCCAUGCUGGAGGGGGAAUUAUGGGAACUGUAGUUCACAAGUCUUAAAGCCCGUCCGGUUUGGAGACCCCUGGUCUAGUACACCAAGGUAGAAUCCAAGACUUCACGUCCCAUCUUAGCCACGGAAGCCCGAUGGGCUGACCUUGGGCCAGUCACUCUCUCAGCCCAACUCGCCUCACAGGGUUGUUGUAGUGGGGAAAAUAAGAGGAUAUGUUUGCCACCUUGAGUUAUUUGCAAAAAAAUUAAAGUGGGAUAAAAUAAAUAAAAUCGGUUCCUUCCUCAACCUGCAGAUAUUUCUUGGCUUUUGACUGAUUGCUUAGCAAUUAUUUGAAAUUAAAGCAGACCGUCAGGAGUAUUUAGUAUCCAGUUCUGAAUUUCUGACAGCUACCCCUCCGCCCCCAGUAACGUCACCGCAUGUCGAUGCUCAGCAACCGGCCCAAAUUAGCCAUUUGCAGCAUCCCGCAGUCACUUGACCACAACUUUAUGAAAAUUUUGCCACUGCUUGCUUCCAAUUUUUAGCAAACAAUGGGUUUUUAACGUAAUGAGGUCAUAGAAUCAGGCCGGUCACAUGGGUGACUCACUUUACAACCAUAAAGACAGGUUCCAUUACAGUUGUAAGUUGAGGACUGCCUGUAUAGAAAAACGUUAAUUCUCCAUGCCAGAGCCUCUUAACAUUUUCCUUCAUGAAAGCAGAAUUCUCAGGUGAAAUACCAAGGUGAUGUUUUCCCUGCUUUUUCUGAAUAAUUGUUCUUUGCUUGCUUUUGUGGCUUUUUGUCUCCUGUUCUUGUCUGUUCCUGGGAACACGUCUGAAAAGAUUGUAUGUCUGUAGGUGCUUCUAAGCUUAACAAAGCCAUUUUAAGAACCCUGAGCCUGUGUGUUGUUUAUGACAUUUUAUUAUUCGUUAAAUUCACACGUCUCCCAUCUCGAGAAGGUGGCUAGAGUGAUUUACAGAAACAUAGCACGUGCCAUCAAGUUUUCUGAAGGCUGUCACACAAUUUUGCUAAUAUUUGUGUGCUAUUCAAGUACAUUUUAAUGAUCAUUGGUAAUACUGAGCUGCAAGGUACAAACUUAGUCAAAACUUGAUUCAUUGCACGUAGUUCUUGACUUAGAACUAUUUCUUUAGUGAUCAUCCGAAGUUACAACGGCACUGAAAAUAGUGACUUAGGACCAUUUUUCACACUUACAACCUUUGCUGCAUCCCUGCGGUCAUGUGAUCAAAAUUCAGAGGCUUGGCUCAUAACCGUUGCAGGGUCCUGAAGUCACAUGAUCCCCCUUUGCGACCUGAAAACCAAACUCAGCGGGAAGCCAGAUUCACUUAACAACCGUGUUACUAGCUUAUCAACUGCAGUGAUUCACUUAACAACUGUGGCAAGAAAGGUCGUAAAAUGGGACAAAAAUCGCAUGACUAUCUAUUUGAGCUUAAUUGUUAUCAUAAGUUGAGACUACCUGUAUUAUUUUGCUACACAAAGUUUGAAACUACGAUUUCAUCUUUUCAUCUUUUUAUUUUAGGUCAUGUUUUAGUUCCAUAUCACUACUGGGAGUCAUCAGGGAUUUAUGCUAUGUGAGACUAUUAUGUUGCGUUUAAUUUCAGAUUAAUAAUAGAUUAGAAGAGAAAGAGUGCCACAAGUGUAUGUAUGCCAACUUACAACACAGAGUAUUAAAUACAGUUACAUUUUUAAGGCAACAUUUUUUU